CUGACAGGUCGCGCUCUGAGACACCGGAAGUAAUCGUCGCUUUUGGUGACGCUGCAUUAGACCUCAAGACAUGGACCGGUCUAGGCUGUUCGGGUUGUUCUUUCUCAGCCUGGCUCUUUCCGGAGCUCAGGCGCUCACACCGUCACAUUACCUCUCCCUGUCUGAUGUGGCCCGACUGCAGAACCUCCUGAGCCAGCAGUUCACUGACCUGGAGUCCGCAUACUACUCAGUUGUAGGUCUGACCAAGCUGGGAGCGACAGUUCCCGAUCACGAAGAUGUGUGCCAGUUUGUGAAAUCUCAGCUUGAUUCCACUAGUGUUGAUUCACUCUUCUUUGCUGCUGAGAUCAGUCGUGCCAUUUCAGGAUGUGAGAUCCCUGUAUCCAACGAAACCCGCGACCUCCUCCUGGCUGCAGUCAGUGAAGAUUCGACCAUGACUCAGAUUCAUCGGGCUGUGACUGCUCUCAGCUCUCUUGGGCUUCCUCUUGCUUCCCAGGAAGUUGUAGGUUCCUUGACAGCCCGGAUCAACAAAGAGGAUAAUGUUAUGGCCAUCACCAUGGCUCUGCAAACAGCAUCCCAGCUUUCCCAGCAGGCAGAGCUCGGAGGAAUACUGGAAGAAAUUGAGGAUCUGACAGCUCGCUUGGAUGACCUCGGUGGCCUCUACCUCCAGUUUGAAGAGGGACUCGAAGCAACCGCCAUGUUUGUGACCGCUGCUUAUUCCCUGUCAGAUCACAUGGACAUGGAGCCUCCUAUCAAAGAGGAUCAGGUCAUCCAGCUGGUGAAUUCUAUCUUCAGCAAGAAAUCCUGGGACUCUCUGGCUGAGGCUUUCAGCGUGGCAAGCGCCGCCGCUGCUCUGUCCGGCAACCGCUUCCACGUACCGGUAGUCGUCACUGCCCAGGGCCCAGCUACUGUUUCCCACAGCCAGCCAACCCUGCAGCUCCUUGUCACUGAUGUCAUGUCUCAACCACUAGACUCAGCCAACGUGGUGGUGGAAUCUGCAUACGCUGUGGCCUCGAAGGCUGCUAUUCUCAACCAAGCACCAUUCACAAUUAAUGACGGCAUCUUUGAACUGAACUUCAUGUCCAGCCAGCCAGCCAGCGGAUAUUACCAGUUCACCAUUGCAGUGACCGGGGACAGCCGGCUGGUUGCCAAUCAUGUCGAGCUUAAAGUGAAGGUGUCCACAGAGGUGGCUGUGACCAACAUGGACCUCUCUGUGGUGGAUAAGGACCAGAGCAUCGGCACAAAGACCACCAGGGUGGACUAUCCUUCCAAAGCUAAGAGCUCCUUCACAGCAGACAGCCACCAGAACUUUGCCAUGUCCUUCCAGCUGGUUGACAUUAACACUGGAGUGGAGCUCACACCUCACCAGACCUUUGUACGGCUGCACAAUCAGAAAACUGGCCAGGAGGUCGUGUUUGUGGCCGAACCCGACAGCAAGAACCUGUACAAGUUUGAGUUGGACACAGCCGAGCGGAAAUCGGAAUUCGACUCCAUCUCUGGCACCUAUUCUCUCUACCUCAUCGUUGGAGACGCCACUUUAGAGAAUCCCAUCCUGUGGAACGUGGCCGACGUCAUUCUGAAGUUCGUGGAUGAGGAGGCCCCGGCAACAAUUCAACCUAAGACUCUUUAUGUACCCAAACCAGAGAUUCAGCAUCUGUUCAGAGAACCUGAGAAGAAGCCCUCCACAGUGGUUUCCAACACCUUCACUGCACUCAUCCUGUCUCCCUUCCUGCUGCUGCUCAUUCUGUGGGUCAAGCUCGGCGCCAACAUCUCCAGCUUCAGCUUCUCUCCGAGCACCAUCCUGUUCCAUCUGGGACACGCAGCCAUGCUGGGCCUGAUGUACGUCUACUGGACCCACCUGAACAUGUUCCAGACUCUGAAGUACCUGGCAAUCAUCGGCGGUGUAACUUUCCUUGCCGGAAACCGCAUGCUGGCCCAGAAAGCAGUGAAGAGAAAUCAGAAAAAAUAGGGGCAAGAAAAAAGAAGAUGAUUGUUUUGUUGUUUCCAUCAAAACCUUGUUUUGUUUUUUGUUUGUUUUUGUUUGUUUUGUUUUUUAAGAGAAAAUGGGACGAAAAGUUGAAAACUUCAAAGCAUGCAGUUUGUCUGUGUUGCCAAAUGGAAGAAAUUGAAAUAUCACCACGUCUCUGGGAGUCUGGAAUAACACUCAGUGCAGAGGACUGUGGAGCUACUGAUCAUUGCACUUCAUCUUCCUGUGAGAUUUGUUUUCUUAUUGCGAGCUGUUUUUGUUGGUUUCUUUUUUUUUUUUGUUUGUUUUUUUUAAACCUGGGUUUGUCCCGCCCCCCUCCUUAUUUUAUUUUAUUUUUUUUGGUACAUUCCUCUUUUUUGUCCCUCAGCUCUCCUCGUAACAUUUUUCAACUGUUAAUGAACCAUAUUGGCAGUAAUACUGACACAUGGAACAUUUCUGUGGCUGUUUCCUAUUUGAUACAGAGUCGAUGUCUCUGAGAAAGUCUGUUAAUAAGUAAAAAAAGAGGGCAAUUUGAGGAUGUUUUUGUAAAGAAGAACAGGAAAUAAAGGUGCUGGGGAGGUCAA